AUGACCAAUAGGCGAUCUAAGUCGCCUAUUGACCUAGUACAAGUUCAUUUAGAGCUGUCGCCUGAAGGGAAGGCCAUUUUUGACGUAAAGUCAAUCUGUGGCCUCAGCGGGCUCAUAGUAGAGCCGCCACGCAAAAAUGGCCUCCCCGGUCAGUGCCACAAAUGCCAGUUGUACGGGCACUCGGCCCGCAACUGCUUCGCUCGUCCUAGGUGUGUUAAGUGCCUAGGAGAUCACGGUACGUCGGAGUGCUCUAGGCCGAAAGAUAAAUCACUUUUAGAGGCUUUCGGAAAGCCCGCCUGCGUUCUUUGCCGCGGUGAUCAUACCGCUAACUACCACGGGUGCCCAAAAGCACCUAAGCGUAGCCCGAAACAACCCCAGCGAUCGGUACGUCGGCCCCCUGCGGUACUCUCACCCAACGAAUUCCCACCUCUCCAACCCUCGUGGAAAACGAACGCCCGAACCCCCGCAUGGGGCAGUAACAGUCCCACGGCUAGCGUACCCGCGAGUAAUACAUCCACCGCGCCCACUGCUAAGCCGGCACCGGUCAAGCCGGCGGCAAUGCCUACGCCACCUAAAACGACAGGGAAUCCUUUUGAAUCCCUCAACCGUCUUACGAGCCUCAAUACGGAGGAAGUUCUAACAUUCGCCGACGAAUACGAAAAAGCGUCAGGAAAUAUAGGAACCCGACUGUACUUAAUUAAAAAGUACAAGCACAUCGUAUGUGCCCUCGAACACAACUAG